AUGUCUGAUCUUGAUAUAUUGGGGAAGAAGCGACCGCCAGUCUUCUCAGGACAAUGGUCAGAGUUGGCCUUUUGCUUCUCCAUCGUGAUGUCCCAAAUUCUCGCCGAGUUUUAUAUCACAGGUUCCAAUGUUCUUCUUCCAACUCUCGUUAAAGAACUAGGUAUUCCCGCGGCCUCGAUGAUAUGGCCUACUACCGCCCUUUCCCUCGCCGUCACAUCCACACUCCUCGUGUUCGGUCGCCUAACUGACAUGUACGGUGGUUAUGUGGUCUACACCGGAGGAGCCGUCUGGUUAACAAUAUCGUCGAUCCUCUGUGGCGUAUCUCAGACAUGGCUGAUGCUGAUAAUUUGCCGAGCCUUGCAAGGUUUAGCUCUUGGGGCACUCCUUCCAUCUGGGAUGAUGAUCUUUGGAAGUACAUACCGACCGGGUCCGCGAAAGAAUCUUGUCUUCAGCAUUUAUGGCGCCUGUGCCGCUUUGGGAUUCUUCGCGGGCUUCUUUGUCUCUGGGAUCUGCGGGCAGUAUCUUAGUUGGAGAUGGUAUUUCUUUAUCGGCGCCAUUCUAUCUGCCAUUAUGGCGGUCUCCUCGGUAGUUUCGGUUCACCGCGACUACUCCGAGAAGCGAGCACUUGGAAUCCGGAUGGACUGGGUGGGAUGCUGUCUAUCGAUAUCGGGAGUAACGCUAUUUGUUUUUGCCAUAGCGGACAGCUCAUAUGCUCCACAAGGAUGGAAAACACCCUAUAUACCAGUGCUAUUCGCAGUUGGUACCAUCUUGCUAGGUGUCAUGGCGUACGUGGAAGGGUGGAUCAUUGAGAACCCUUUACUUCCGGGUGACAUCUUCCGUGUCAAGUUCAUGACACCGUUGGUGAUUGCAUUGCUCUGCCUGUAUGGUAGUCUCGGAAUCUUCCUCCUGUACGGGGUAUUAUACAUGUCUCAUUUUAUGGGUGCCACUCCUCUUCAAAUUGUUGCAUGGACUAUACCAAUGGCAGUCGGUGGCCUCAUCCUCUCAGUGACGGGAGGCUUUAUCCUCCACAAAGUAUCGGGGACAGUACUGAUGAUUAUUUCGUGCCUCGGAUAUGUUGGGUCAGGCCUAUUGUUUGCUGUGAUUCCACUUGGUGGAAAUUAUUGGGCCUACAUAUUUCCCGCGAUGAUCUGCGGAACAAUCGCAAUUGAUAUCAAUUUCAACCUCGCCAACAUUUUCAUUACCACCAGCAUGCCAAAGGCCCGACAAGGUUUGGCUGGCGCUUUGAUUUACUGCACCAUGCAUAUGGGAAUCGCCGUCAUGCUCGGAUUUGCGGAUAUUGUGGAAACACAAACGAAACACUUCGGUGAGCGCCAGAGCUAUAAGGUAGUAUUUUGGUUUCAGACCGGGCUUUGUAUCAUCGGGCUGCUGAUUGUUUUGGUGUUUGUUAGAAUUCGUCACGCCAAGAGCGAAUUGACGGCGGACGAAAAUCAGAUGGAAAUGGAAAACAGCACUGCGAGGCAGUGCGAAGAGGUGUAA